AUGCGGGAGGACCAGGAGCAUGGCAGCCAAGAGCGAGAAAUUCCGAUCCCUCCGGAUGGAGCUCGCGAGGCAUGGGCGAGCCAUUUCCCGGCAAACACGGUUAUUACUUCGAAGUAUACGGUCUUGAAUUUUGUUCCCAAAAAUCUAUGGGAGCAGCUUCACAAGGCUGCGAAUCGAUAUUUCCUGUUCAUCUCUGUUGUGAUGUUCAUCGGUAACUACACUCCUUUGUUCUAUGGCUUCAUAAAGUUUUACUCCACGUUCGCAGCCUUGCUCAUCAUGAUGACAGCAUCAGCCGUUAUCGCAGUCAUCGAUGACAAGCGCCGGCAUGAGGCUGAUGUCAUUACCAACAGUCAAAUAGCGCACCGGAUCAAGGCCGACGGAAUGGGAGGCAAGGGGUUCGUCUCCGAGGAUGUGAUUUGGGCAGACGUUCGUGUCGGUGAUGUCUUAGUUGUGGCUGGAGAGGAGGAGUUUCCGGCCGACUUGGUGCCGCUUGCAUCAUCCAGUGAGGGUGGGUGCUAUGUGUCGACAGCGAAUCUCGACGGCGAAACAAACUUGAAGCUCAAAGAACCAGCUUCAUCUACACAAAGGGCUCUGGUUGGAGGCGCGGGCGACGCGCGGCCCUUGCUGGACCAAGCCGUUGAGAGGCUCCACUCCCUGGGUGAGAGUUUUCUUGUGGCGGAGGCGCCGCAGAAAUCGAUUCACACCUUCAAGGGCUGCCUUCGGACUGGCGCUGAAGUGGAAGAGCCCUUGAACUCCAAGAACUUUCUUCUCCGUGGAACGGUCUUGAAAAACACGUCCUGGGUUUUGGGAGUGGUUGUCUACACGGGACCGGAGACACGGAUGGUGAUGAACUCUAGGAAGGCAAAGGCCAAGUAUGCCAACAUCGAGCAGGUGAUCAACCGAUCCAUGCUGGUCGUCGUGGGUGCACAAUGCUUGAUGGCGCUCAUCAACGAUAUCGUGUACCUCAUGACCAAAGAGCAGUUCAUGAGCUACUGGUAUCUGUUUCCCACCGGACCAUCGCAAAAGAUCAUCCUGCCAGAGAGUAUCGGCUACUGGCUCACAUUUUUCGUGCUUUACUCGAAUUUGAUGCCCAUAUCCCUCUAUUUCACCAUGGAGGUAUGCAAUACUGCGCAGGCUUACUUCAUAAAGAACGACAUUGAGAUGUAUGAUGAGGGCCAGGACUGUCCCGCGAAUGCGCGAACAACGAAUCUUUGCCAUGAGCUUGGACAAGUUUCGUACAUCUUCUCAGACAAGACAGGAACGCUGACGCAGAACAUCAUGGAACUUAAGCGCCUAUCCAUUGAAGGCAGCGUGUACGGCGAAGUUGGAGAGGAGUACGGCUUUCAGGGCCGAGCCGAAAUGAUGAUGGCGAGGUACGAGGACUCAAGGAAGAAUGCUGGCAUAGACGCCGCGCUUGAGGUGUUGGCGGUGUCGCAUACAGUGGUGUCCACUCGCGAUCGAGCAGGCAACCUCAAAUACGAGGCCGAAAGCCCUGAUGAGGGAGCUUUGGUGGAGGCAGUGCGAGGUUUGGGCUGGAGUUUCAUUGGCCGAACAAACGAGGAAUUGACGGUGGAGGUGGAUGCUGAAGGCUCCAAGACUCCCCGGGUGUAUCAGGUUCUGGCGCUGAAUGCCUUUACCUCAGCCAGGAAGCGCCAAUCCGUCGUCGUGCGACGACCAUCUGGGGAGGCACUCCUCCUCGUCAAGGGUGCCGAUGACAUUAUGCAACAGCUCGCCAAAGAUCCACGGUCCUUUCCCGAGGAGCAUCUGCAAAUGUUCGCGAAGCAAGGCCUGCGCACGCUGGUGCUCGGGAGGCGGUUCCUCGCCGAUCAGGAACUCCAAUCCUGGCAAGCCGACUACGCCAAAGCCCAGUCCUCCAUGGAGGACAGAGAGGCAGCGCUUGCGGCGGUUGCUGCUCGGAUAGAGAGUUCGCUGGAGAUCGUCGGCGUCACAGCCAUUGAGGACAAGUUGCAGGUGGGCGUGCAGGAUGCGAUCGUCAAGAUUCGGCAGGCUGGGAUCAAACUCUGGGUGCUGACAGGUGACAAGCUGGAGACGGCAAAGAAUAUCGGCUUCAGCACUCGGGUGCUCAGUAACGACAUGGAGAUUUACAGUCUGGAUUCGUCCCCAGACCGACCAAUAGAGGACGAGCUGCAUCAGGUUCUUCGAAGCGCGAAGCAGGCCGACACUGCUCGGCGCACGCUGGCCCUCAUCGUGACGGGCCACGCGCUGGAGGAGAUACUGCAACCGAUAGGGAGGAGCAGCUCCAGCGGCAGGAUGCCAGCGAGCAAGCCCAAAGGAAUUCUGCAAGACCAGCUCUUGGAGGUGGCUAUGCUCUGCUCUGUCGUGAUCGCCUGUCGCGUGUCACCACUGCAGAAGGCGGAGAUCGUGAAGAUUGUGAGGAGAGGCGUGCAUCCAACGCCCGUGACCUUGGCAAUAGGUGACGGCGCGAACGACGUCCCAAUGCUUCAGCAAGCGCAGGUUGGAGUGGGCAUCUCCGGCAGAGAGGGCAGGCAGGCAGUCAACUCUGCGGAUUUUGCCAUCGCACAGUUUCGGUAUUUGGUCCGACUCUUGCUUGUGCAUGGGCGCUGGAAUUAUCAACGCGCAUGCAAGUUCGUCAUCUACAGUUUCUGGAAGAACGCAGUGCUGCCCAUCUGCAAGUCUAGCCUGCCUGCGAAGGGGGCGUUGGAUGGGCAGCGCGGGGCCAACUGCUGCAAAGCGGUGGUCUUGCGCGUCGGCUCGGUCGCGGUACUCCUGAUGUUCUACUACACUUUCUUUUCUGGCUAUGCAGGUCAAAGCCUUUUCGAAGACAUGGUGCGAGCUUCGUACAACUUCGUACUGGCAUUUCCAAUCAUUACGACUGGCAUGUUCGAGCAGGACUUGGAGGAAGAGCAGAUCUUGGCCAAUCCUGCACUCUAUGUGAAUGGACGCGAAGGCCUUGACCUCAAUGCAUCCAAACUUGUUGAGAUGCUUCUGUCUGCAGCAGUCCAUUCCUGCGUGAUCGGCACUGUAAUGCUCCUGGUUUGCCACGACAUGUAUGUCCUGAAAGCUGGUGACUUCUACACCUUCGGCACGAUUGUGUUCACCGUUCUUGUGAUCGCGAUGAACUACCGAGCGGCAUUCCUGACAAGGACUUGGAACGUGGUGACAGUUGCUGGGCAGCUCUGCUCCUUCUUGAUCUACGCGUUGUUCCUUGCCGUCUACUGCUGCAAAUCCGUGAGUGACAAGCUGCAGCCUUGGAUGUACGGCGUCCCCGGCCGCAUGAUGAGCAGCCCUCAGUUCUGGAUCUGCGCAUUUACUGUGCCAGCUCUUGCCAUGGUCAUCGAUGUCUUCAAGGCGUACCUGCUGACCGAGUUCUGCCCAGAUCGCUCGCAGAUCAUCAUGGAGCGAUGGAAGGAAGACAAGUGCCUCUUUGAAGAGGAGCGCUCGAAUGAGGAAGAGGCAGAGGCUCCGGCAGACUGGCCUGGUCGCUUAUCGCCACCGGCCGAUUCUCAGCGGUCAUCACCAAGACCCCGAUUCCAAAGAUGGUCCUCCUACGACUUCGCUCAUCCGGGUGGCGAGCCGAGGCACCACAGCGCUUUCGUCAAUUCGCACCCCACAGCCGGAGAUCUGUCCCUGGUUGGCGCAUCAGAGCCGGUGGAUGGCUACAGGAGGACUGCGACUGGUGUCACGGCCACAAGUGCCUCGAGCACCACGGCGCUGCAGCUCCCCUCUCUGCAGGAAAGCGACUCUUCGUCCGAGGAGGCCCGACGCACCGGAAGAGCCGACGGAGAGUUCACCGCUCACAACCAGAACUCCCCUGACCGUUCUCGCUUUGCUCAGCAACAGCUGCCUCGCAUUCAAAUCGACUUCACCCCGGGCAAGGCACAGAUCCAAGGUAGAAGUGAAGUGAGCUGCAGCGUGGGAUUCAUUUUGUUCGGGAAUACCGUUCCGCAGCCUGACGAGGUCAUGGGGGCAGCAGCUGUUGUGGGCAGUUUGCUGCUGAUUUUGGGGUUCACCGUCUUGCAGCUUGGGGAGCACGCGGUUGAGGCGACAUUGCAGAGCUCAUCCGUGAGAGCGCGCUUUGGUGUAGAGGAUGGAGUAAUCAUGGAUGCCUUUGGCCACCUUGUCCAGAUCCGGAUUCGCUAUGGCGGUGCGGCGCGCACUGGCUCAGUGCCGUUUCAGAUGCGAGCAGAUGUCGCGGUCGCCUUGGCUGGCGUUGAGCACAUGGCCGACUGCGAUGUAUCAUCUGGCACCUGCAGCAUGCAAGUCUCCUUGAGCCAGGACAUGCCUCCACCAGUUCGUGUGCUUUACCAUCUCGAUCCGUUUUACCAGAACUUCCCGACCUACAUUGCUUCAGGUUCUACCUCCGGUGCAUGGGGAGAGCUGACAGGCAAGUGGUUCGGCCAUGACGAGCGGCAGAAGCAUUGUCCCGAAGCGUCCACAAGAAUGACAGAGACCGGCGACGUAAUUUUCCCCUGCGGCUUGCAGGCCACAAGCCUUUUCAACGAUACCUUCGAGCUUGGGACAUAA